UUGAACUUUGGAAUAUCAAAAAUUGACUGAAAAAAGCUUCGAUCUUCAAUCUCAAGCAUUUCCAUCUCACGUGGUUAUGCAUCAUAUUCUAUAGGAAAAAGGCCCCUUGAAGGAAAGGUUGCCAUAGUAACAGGUGCUUCGAGUGGAAUAGGAGCCGAAAUUGCAAAACAGCUGGCAGAAGCAGGAUGCAAGGUGGCAGUGGCUGCAAGGAGGAUUGAAAGACUACAAGAAAUAAAGAAGGAAAUUGAAAAGAACGGAGGAACGGCUGUUAAAUGUAAAUGUGACGUCACUAACAAACAGCAAGUUCGUGAAAUGGUACGUCAUACUGAAACAACGCUUGGUCCCGUGGAUAUUAUAGUUAACAACGCUGGCGUGAUGUACUACACACUCAUGAAAAACCUGCACGAGAAUGAGUGGGAGAAGCAGAUUGAUAUCAAUUGCAAGGGUGUUGUCAAUUGUAUUGGUGCUGUAGUGGACGGUAUGGUUUCCAGACAAAGUGGUCACAUAGUCAACAUGUCAUCGAAUGCUGGUAGGCGCGGUUUUGCUGGUCUAGCAGUUUACUCAGGGACUAAAUUCUUCGUGGAAGGAUUAUCUCAGGGAAUGCGUCAAGAACUGGCAAGCUACGGAGUAAAAGUGACGUGUAUUCAACCAGGUGAUGUCCAAACCGAACUACUCGAGCAUUCAACUGAUAAAGAGGCACAGGGUCAAUAUGAUGGCAGUGGCAACAACAAAAUCUUAGAACCAACAGACAUAGCGAAGGCGGUUGUCUUUGCCGUCACUCAACCAGAGUAUUCAGCCAUCAACGAAAUUCUCAUCGAACCAAGAGCUGCACCUAUAUGA